GACGGAUCGAAACAAGGCUGUUGCGAAAUAUCUUGCCGUAUCGAGUGCUUCAACAGCAUAAAUAUUUACGCGGAGGCAGCUGCCGUAAUGACUGCAAGUUAUUGUGAAGAAAUUAGCUCCUUGGUAAUAUCUAAUCAAAUGCAGCAUUCCAUUGAGGAUAAUUGGAUUGAUGUGAAUUCCACUGUGCGAAAAAUUGCGCUAAUCAGAAGCCAAUUUAGGAAAAUAAAUAGCGGUGCAUUUAGCUCGACGAUGUUUGCGCAGGUUUCACAUAUGACCUGGCUUGACCUAAAACUUCAUGAAGUUAGCAGCGGAGCUCUUCUAGGCCUCUACGCAUUACGGAAAUUGGAAAUAGAUUUUCGAUUUCCCAACAUAGGACUUACUUUCUUGCAGCCCGUUCAGAUGAGUCUAACACACUUGAAGAUUAAUUGCGGCAUAAAUUUCGAAAGUAGUUCAAAUAUUUUCGACAAUAUAUAUUUGGAAAAUUUGAUUCACCUUGACCUGAGCCAUAACACUUUUAGUGGGCCUCUCAGUCAACUAGUUUUCAGUGGAACUCCGAACGUCACUUACCUCUACCUAAAACACUGCUCAAUAACUGCAAUCGAGGAUGAUGCCUUUCAGGAUAUUGCCAAAACUCUGAUUUUAGUUGACUUAAAGCACAAUUUGUUAACCAAUAUCAAUGCCAAUAUACUCGCCAUCGGAAACGGGCGUUUAGUAUUCGACAUUGAGCCCAACAACUGGCACUGCAAUUGUCAACUGCGAUCACUGCUCAAAUUCUAUAAUGAAAACAAAAAUCUAUUUGUGAGUACUCCAUAUUGCCGGAUGCCGUUGAACCUUUAUGGCAAAAGUUUUGAUGAACUUGAAGCUACGGAGCUCGGCUGCGAUGCACCAAUUAAAUCGCAAAGUGAUAUCCUUCUUACUGGAGAUGAAGUAACGCCGGAAACAGAUCAGGAAAAGAUCCAUGACGAAAAUGUAAAAAAUGCAAGCAUUUACGGUCCAAUAGUUCAAUUGAGUUGCUCGCAAGCGAUUUCUAUAACCAGCUCGGAACAGUAUUCGGAUAGUCGAAUUAAACGAGAUGUGGUGAUUGAAAAGGAUCAAUAUUUUGUUUUUGAACCUCCUGCCUAUGAUCUCGACCUGGAACUAUUACAAAAUUAUAGCGUACGCGCCUAUAUAGGCGGAUAUAUUCAAUCUGAUAACUUGAAUAUCAUUUGGUUCACGGAAGAGUUGAACACAUAUACGACUAUCGCGUCUUCAGCUUCAGAAAGGGACUACAAUUGCAUGAAGUAUGAAGAGCCAUAUUUGAUAACCGAUGCGCUGAGGCAAAAUCGUACCUACACAUUUUGUAUGAUGUCUAUAAAUGUUGUCGUCAUAUCUCCAUUAUUUUGCCAGCCCUUGCAUAUACCCAUAGCCCGAGCCGAUGAUGAAACAGAUGACAUCUGGAUUGCUGAGAGUGAUAAGCAGUUUACCAUCGGAAUGCUGUGUCUGAUAUUUUUCAUAUCAACCAUAUUUGGCGCUUUUUUUGCAUAUUUGGGCAUUAAGUCCUUCCCCCAUCUCUUAGAGGGCUCAAAAAAUAUCAUGGUCAUCAAGGAAUCUGAGAAGACAUGUUGCGUAUCUACAAUAGCUGAAUCACAAUAUAACAAACCUUCUUUUGACAAAGAUCAAAUGCACAAGAGUUCAUUUGGAAUCGGAGACAAACGGCCAUUGGAAGCAUCAACGAGCAUACAAAUGCCGAGUUCAUGUAGCCUAAAGUCCUCAUCGACUCAUUUCGAAGAAAGUUUCGCAAAUACAGAAGCUCAACCCAUCGAGUAUGAGAUGCCAAUACCAUUUAGUGAGAGUCGCAAGCUUGGCACCUGCCUAGACACGCCCAGCUCUCCGCCACCUUUGCCUAAGCGUAACUCGAAACUUUCACUCUACGUGGACCAACAAUUCCUAAAAUUUGAAAAGCCAUGAAUUAUGAAAAUCAACUUAUUACUUACAUGUAU